AUGCAAGACCCAAUCGUCGUAUCGAUAAUACUAACGCUCGCUAUUGAGUUCUACUUGAGAUGAUCGGAAUCGAACUGGAAAUCAGUCCAGUCGGAGCAUCGGUACGAGGCGGUUUUGUGAGUGGUAUUGUCCCCACCACCGGAAUAGUUGAAGUCUUUCCUCGAUAGAAGUUUAACUAUUGUUAAGAAAGUUGGCGUUAGAUGCUUCAGUGUGAAUCACGUGGUCAUUCUCUUCGUCGGAUCGUACACAAAGGCUAAGAAUAGUACUCAUUUUGGUUCCGUGUUACGCGUUAUCCUCAAAAUGUGCAAAAGAAAAUCACUGCUCCUGGGCUCGAAGGUCGUACGUUUAUCGGUACCUACGACCCGAAGAUGAGAUAGGAAAAUUCGCUGUCAGUUUACGUUUCACUGAGCACCAAGUGAUAUGUGUAUGUCAAAAGUUCAAUGAAUCCAGAUUUGCUCUGCUUCAAAGUGCGGAAAAAGUAACCAAAUUGUGCCAAUUAGAACGUUCAUUACCGGUUAGAAUUCUCGGAAUCCUCGUAAGAUCCUGCACAGUUGAAUUUCAAAUCGGCGUUUGAAAACUUGGAACAUCUCGGUAGACAAAACAUCAAAAGACAUAAAUCACACACAGUCGCCGCCGUCGUAACAUCCUCUCUACGCAGUUGGAAAAAGUGGCCCCAUCAGUGCAAAUCGAAGUGUCAUAAACCGCACUCCGAAGUGAUCUUGUAAUCGUGUAUGGCAAACACUGGAAGUGGUGCGUGAAAUUGUGUGUUCUAGUCGGUGCCAUUCUAGUUCCCCACCGUUGUCCUCGAUUGGCUAGUCGAAUCCUGGAUCGAACUGAUUGUGUGCAGAUUAUCAUUGGCAAUUGUGCUUAGCAAUUAUUAUUUGUGUUACAUCGACGACCGACUAGACUAGAAUAAAAAAAAAACAGAAACUCGGCACUCGGCGACGAUUCAGGACAUUUACUGCUCGGCUGAACGGACGGAUCCGGACCGAUCUGUCGCCAUGGCGCUGGACUUUACCAAACGACAGUGGCUCACGCUGAUGAUUAUGGGACUGGCGGACUUUUGCAAUGCAAUUUGUGUCAGCUUACAGGCGCCGUUCUUUCCUAACGAGGCGGAGAAAAAAGGCGCCACUGCAACCGAGUACGGGCUUGUGUUUGGUGUUUUCGAGCUCGUAGUGUUCAUCAUCUCCCCGAUCUACGGUCAGUAUAUCAACCGGAUUGGACCAAAAGUAUUAUUCAACAGCGGAAUCUUCACCACCGGCACCUCAGCAAUACUAUUCGGUUUGUUGGAUCGCGUGCCGGAUCACGUUCCAUUUAUCACACUAGCUUUCGUAAUCCGGAUCGUAGAGGCACUGGGAAAUGCGGCUUUUCUCACUGCAUCUUUUGCCAUCAUUGCCAAAGAGUUUCCGAACAACGUGGCCACGACCUUCGCAUCCCUGGAAACGUGCUUCGGGCUGGGUUUAAUCGUUGGACCCAUGGUCGGGGGCGCGCUGUACUCCGUCGGAGGGUACUACCUGCCAUUCGUAAUCCUCGGUUCGGCACUGUUCGUUACGGCGAUCCUGACACUUUGCAUUCUACCCCGACAUGCAAACGAGCCCUACCAGGACAAUGAAAAGAGUGCUUCCAUGUGGAGUGUGUUGAAAAUACCCGGAGUUUUGGUUUGUUCGUUAGCGAUCUGUGCCACCAGUGCUUCGAUUGGGUUUCUCAGUGCCACACUGGAACCGCACUUACGACAGUUCGAAUUGGGUCCCAUUUUGUUAGGUCUUGUGUUCGUCAUCAAUGGUGGUAUUUAUGCAUUGACUGCUCCGAUAUUCGGAUGGAUGGUGGACAAAUUUCUUAAUCCCAAGGUUUGCUCAACGGUUGGAUGCUUUCUGGUGGUAGGAGCCUUUCUGGUCGUUGGGCCGGCCUCGUUUGUUCCGGCGGAAACGACACUGGGACUGGUGAUAGCCGGGCUUGUGCUGCAUGGGCUCGGUAUUGCAGCGGUAUUAGUGUCAGGCUUCACGGACUCACUGCGGACAGCGAUCGCCAAAGGCCUACCGGACAGCAUCGAAACGUACGGUUUGGUCUCCGGUCUUUGGACGUCCACGUUCGCCUUCGGGGCCUUCGUAGGCCCAUCAGUCAGCGGAUUGCUGUUCGAUGCAAUCGGAUUCCGUGGGUCAACCGUUUUUAUCGUCGGACUGCAGCUGAUCGUCGGUACCGUCAUUCUGCUGUUCAUUAUGUGCGAUCGUUCCUCGUCUCGGUACAAGGACAUUUCGGUAGAGUCACUCAUCAAAAUCCAGGAUGGUCAACCGCCGGACAGUGUCACGGCUAGCCGCAGCAGUAGCUUGGAUAUAACCGCCCGGGGACACAAGCCGGGCUUUAUAGGAAGCCAACAUUCGAUCAGCAUAGAAUCCUGGCGUUUAUCUGCCAACAGUCUGAUCCUCAGCAACAGCUACAGCAGUAAACAGGGCCGCUGGGCUCGUUCGGUUACGGAACUAGAAUCCAAUAAUGCCGCACACUACGGUCCACGGUACGGCAGCUUCGAUGCUAGACCGGCAGCAUACCAGGACACUAUCGCCUAAGGUUCAACCCUCCGUUCUAAGUUACCCGCGCCAUACUGUCCCGCUCAACUAGAUGUACAUAUGUGUAUUUAAAACCAAAAAAAAAAACAACACGCUACUCAUAAGACUUUGUAAGCUUAUUGUCAAUUUACGAACCGCGAUCAUGUUACGAAUAUCUAGCACGUAGUAAACACAUGAGACUACACACGAAAUGAGCAAAGGUUCAGCGAGGAAACGUUCCAACUCACCGCAGUGUAACUCUGCAAUCUUAUCAUACUCAUAAUUUGUUGAUCGAAAAAAAAUAGAAUCUAUUUAAGCGAGCAUCUACAUGACAGGCAAGUGCUCAUCGUAUUUGCGGUUUUUUUUUCUAAGAGGCAGGGAAUAAAAAUUCGCACAAUUAUAGACUACAGUGAAAGUAUGAAGGAAGGAGAUAAAAAAAUGAUAGUGUCCUAAUAAAUUAGGCUAUUUAUAAUGUAAACAA